UUUUUAUUUUAAAAUGGCGGCGACACAGCACGAAAUUUUCAAAACUUUUUAAAACAGGCGAAAGAGAAAAGACAGCAGGGUAAUGGAAAGGGAAAAUUGGGAAAAAUACAAGAAAUUGAGUAUCUAACUGUGCAAAGACUAUCAGCACACGUUGAAGGAAAGUGCCAAAAAUAUAGUCGAAUUGGACCACUAACUAUGGUAAAAUUUGGUGAAGAAGACAUGCAUACACGCAAGAUAUACAUGCGCAUCAUGAAUCAGAACGAUCCUUUGAAUUUGUUUCAGUUACACGACAAUGAGAACGGAUUGCUUCUUUGAAGCUGCAAGCAAAUUAAAAUCGUUCGACAAGUUGUUAUGUGGUCGUCUGGAUCCAAAAAAAGCUCUAAUCAGAAAUGGAAUAAGUUUAGAGAAAUAUGAGGAUUAUUUUGAAACUUUUAAAUCUAAUGGAACAGAGUUUUCUUGCGGCUACACAAGAGAUUGGUUAAUGGAAAUGGCAUUUGGAAUAAAAAACAAUUUCAAUGAGUUGAAAAAUAAUCUUAUUAGUCAUGCAGCAGCUGGUUAUGUGGAUGCAACAGGAGCGAAAUUAAGAACUCUCUUUGACUCAAAGUUAGGAAGCACAAAACGAAUAUUUUAUGAAAUGCAGAUUGUGGGACCACUUGAUCACGUUUGGUUAAUCGAACAAUUGGCAGAUGGCCAUGGUUAUCGUGUGUAUCAGAGUUACAAUGGAGCAUAUUCGUUAUACGCAUGGAUGAACACUGAUGCAAGUAAAUUCAGUGAACUUUGGGAUAAGAAAGAAAUCAUAUACUGGCAGAAAGUAUAUGAUCAAGCAGCUGCAUUUUUAAAAUCAAAAGGUUUAGAUAUCGAAAAACUUGAUAACUUGCCUUCUAUGUUAGACUGGAUGAAACCAUGGCUCACUAAUAUCAAGAAAUACAAUAAAACAGACAUAAUUGAAAAUCUGAAAAGGGCAUGGAAGAAUUUUGGUGCUGGAAAAACCGUUUCUAAAAAAGACUUUUAUGAAAAAUAUUUGUUGGUUCUUGCUAACAUGACUGAACAAAUCAAACCAUUAGUUAACACAAGUAAAACAUGGACACAAAAACUUCAUGAUCAAUGGAUUAAUCUUUUUGCUUCACCAAAUCCUUUAUGUUAUCCAGAUGUCCCAUUUAAUACAUUAACAGCAACACUGCCACAAGAUUAUAAACUUGAAGUGAAAGUAGUUGAGAUCAGUAAUGAUCUGGAGAAAAGCAUGUCCAAAAGAGCAAACAUUUUAAAGAAAAGUGUCAAUUACGAAGGUGGUCUUGGAACAUGUGAUUUAAAGCACGAAACAAAACCCAUGGAAGGCGAUUGUUUCUUUAAAGCAGCCAAUGGAUUAAAAGUCUUUGACAAGUUAUUAUGUGGACGAUUGGAUCCCAAAAAGGCUUUAGUAGCAAACGGCAUUAGUUAUGAAAAAUAUGCUGACUAUUUUGACACAUUUAAAUCGAACGGAACAGAAUUUUCCUGUGGAUACACAAGAGAUUGGUUAAUGGAAAUGGCAUUUGGAAUGAAAAACAAUUACAAUGAGUUGAAAAAUAAUCUCGUUAGUCAUGCAGCAGCUGGUUAUGUGGAUGCAACAGGGGCGAAAUUAAGAACUCUCUUUGAUUCGAAGUUAGGAAGUUCUGUGCGCACCUUCUAUGAAAUGCAAAUAGUAGGCCCUCUGGAUCAUGUAUGGUUAAUUGAACAACUGCCAGAUAGUCGAGGUUAUCGUGUAUAUCAGAGUUACAAUGGAGCUUAUUCAUUAUACGCAUGGAUGAAUACUGAUGCAAGUAAAUUCAGCGAACUUUGGGAUAAGAAAGAAAUUAUAUACUGGCAGAAAGUAUAUGAUCAAGCAGCUGCAUUUUUAAAAUCAAAAGGUUUAGAUAUCGAAAAACUUGAUAACUUGCCUUCUAUGUUAAACUGGAUGAAACCAUGGCUCACUAAUAUCAAGAAAUACAACAAAACUGGAAUAAUUGAAAACCUGAAAAAGGCUUGGAUGAAUUUUGGUGCUGGAAAAACGGUUUCUCAAAAAGACUUUUAUGAAAAAUAUUUGUUGGUCCUCGCUGACAUGACUGAACAAAUCAAACCAUUAGUUAACACAAGUAAACCAUGGACACAAAAGCUUCAUGAUCAAUGGAUUAAUCUUUUUGCUUCACCAAAUCCUUUAUGUUAUCCAGAUGUCCCAUUUAAUACAUUAACAGCAACACUGCCACAAGAUUAUAAACUUGAAGUGAAAGUAGUUGAGAUUGAUAUGGCGUUGGAGUUUGGUAUAUCGAAACGAGCAAAUGUUUUGAAGAAGAGCGUUAAUUACACUGGAAAACUUGGAAUGUGCAUGUUAAAUCCUAAACCACAUCCAAAAAAAGUCGACUGUUACUUUGAUGCAGCAAAUAAAUUGAAGAAAUUUGACAAGUUGCUAUGCGGUCGAUUAGAUCCGAAAAAAUCGUUAAUCCAGGACGGAAUAAGUUUGGAAAAGUAUCAGGAAUAUUUUAGCUCCUUCAAAGCUAAUGGCACUGAGUUCUCAUGUGGGUAUACCAGAGAUUGGUUAUUGGAACUGGCCGUGGGACUAAAAUUAAAUUACGAAGAUUUGAAAGAUGAUAUCACACGCUUCAAAGGGUACAAUUAUAAAGACGCUACUGGAAUGAAAGUAAAAAUGCUUUUCGAUUCCAAUCUCGGUUCUAAUGAAAGAAUUCUUUAUGCCAUGCAAAUAGUAGGACCCCUUGAUCAUGUUUGGCUAAUCGAGCAAUUGGGAGACGGAGCAGGUUAUCGUGUGUAUCAGAGUUAUAAUGGAGCUUAUUCGUUAUACGCAUGGAUGAAUACUGAUGAAAGUAAAUUCAGUGAACUUUGGGAUAAAAAAGAAAUUAUAUACUGGCAGAAAGUAUAUGAUCAAGCAGCUGCAUUUUUACAAUCAAAAGGUUUUGAUAUCAAAAAACUGGAUAACUUGCCUUCUGCGUUAGACUGGAUGAAACCCUGGCUUACUAAUAUCAAGGCUUACGACAAGAAUGAAAUUAUUGGAAAUUUAAAGAAAGCGUGGACAACAUUCGGUGCUGGUAAAACUCUUUCACAGAGCGAGUUUUAUGAUCAAUACUUAAUGAAUCUAGCUGACAUGACUGAACAAAUCAAACCACUAGUUAACACAAGUAAACCAUGGACACAAAAACUUCAUGAUCAAUGGAUUAAUCUUUUUGCUUCACCAAAUCCUUUAUGUUAUCCAGAUGUCCCAUUUAAUACAUUAACAGCAACACUGCCACAAGAUUAUAGACUGGAAAUAAAAACCUGGAAGGUAUCAAAAGAAAAAGAAAAAACAAUAUCUAAACAUGCAAAGGUUUUAAAAACGAGUGCAAAUUACAAUGGAACUUUUUACAUGUGUGAUUUAAAAGAUACAGCAACACCACCAUCUAAGGAUUGCUUCUUUGAUGCUGCAAAUGGUUUGAAAUCUUAUGAUAAGUUGUUGUGUGGACGUCUGGAUCCAAAAUAUAACCUUAUCAACGAUGGAAUAACUUAUGAAAAGUAUGCAGAAUAUUUUAAAAACUUCAAAUCAAAUGGAACAGAAUUCUCAUGUGGCUAUACAAGAGAUUGGUUAAUCGAGAUGGCUAGAGGACUCAAGAACAAUUACGACGAGUUAAAAAAUAGGCGGAUUAGUCACGCAGCUGCUGGUUAUGUUGAUGCUACUGGAGACAAAUUAAAAGAUUUAUUCAAUUCAAAGCUAGGAAGUAGUCAACGCAUCUUUUAUGAAAUGCAAAUUGUUGGACCACUCGAUCACGUGUGGCUGAUAGAGCAGCUAGCAAACGGUGCAGGUUAUCGUGUGUAUCAGAGUUACAAUGGAGCAUAUUCGUUAUACGCAUGGAUGAACACUGAUGCAAAUAAAUUCAGUGAACUUUGGGAUAAAAAAGAAAUUAUAUACUGGCAGAAAGUAUAUGAUCAAGCAGCUGCAUUUUUACAAUCAAAAGGUUUAGAUAUCGAAAAACUUGAUAACUUGCCUUCUAUGUUAAACUGGAUGAAACCAUGGCUCACUAAUAUCAAGAAAUACAACAAAACAGGAAUUAUCGAAAAUUUGAAGAAGGCUUGGGUUAACUUUGGUGCUGGAAAAACGCUCUCCCAAAAAGACUUUUAUGAAAAAUAUUUGUUGGUCCUUGGUGACAUGACUGAAAAAAUCAAACCAUUAGUUAACACAAGUAAACCAUGGACACAGAAACUUCAUGAUCAAUGGAUUAAUCUUUUUGCUUCACCAAAUCCUUUAUGUUAUCCAGAUGUUCCAUUUGAUACAUUAACAGCAACACUGCCACAAGAUUAUAAACUCGAAGUGAAAGUAGCUGAGAUGAACAAGGAACUAGAGGAUGGCAUUGCAGAAAGAGCGGCUGUGUUAAAAAAGAGUGUCGGUGUUACUGGAAAACUGGGUUCGUGUCAGGAAGAAUCCUCUGCAGCCUCAUACGUUACUGUCUCGUUUAUGACAGUCUAUGUUAUUGCUAUAUCAUUACUCUGUAACGCUUAAGCGGUCGAGUUUUAUGGUCCAUCUUUGCAACAACGCUCUUUUCUCAUGUAAUUCUUACAUACUUAAUUUUAUUACAAGUUAUAUAAUCAACUUCUAUUAUAUAUUUUUCAUAAAACUUAUAUUUUGUAAUUAAGGUACAACUGCACUUAUAUCUUGCACGUACAGUCAUAUCUUGCAUAUAUGUAUGUAUAAAGAUAAAUAAAAAAUUACUUUGUUUUAUUGUGAUUAGCUCUGAGAUGAGUAAAGUU